AGCUCGCUCUAUUCGAUUUCGUUAUACGACCUGUUUUUUUCGUCGUCAAAAUUAUCGAAGAAAUUUUCAUCUGCUUCGGAAAACGAUGACCUCCGCAUCGAUCAACGUCACAGAGAUCCGAAAAUUAAAUCAAUACCUCGGAGCCUUCGUGGCUUCUCUUGGUGGUUUCGCUCUGGGAGUCUCUCUUGGCUGGAAUUCCAGCGCCAUCGUGGUAUUCAAAAACCACCUGGAUGCGAGUGCCACCGAAAUUGGACUUAUUGGAGGACUGUUGAACGCGGGAGCCUGCCUAGGAGCGAUUCUGGUGCCGUUUCUACUGGGAAAAAUUCCUCCGACCACUCUGAUGUUCUCUAUGAUACAUGUACUCGCGGUGGGAUGGAUUCUCAUUUGCAUAGCUGAUCACAAAGCUAUACUGUUCAUUAUCGGCAGAGUAAUUUGUGGAAUCUCCAGUGGUAUUUUCUGUGUGAUAGUACCAAUAUACAUAGCUGAAAUCGCUUGUAAAGAAAUUCGGGGACGUUUACUCACGAUUUUUCACCUUCUCAUCAACUGUGGCGUCAUGUACGCUUUCUCGAUGGCGCACAUACUCGAGGAACACGAGACAGUAUGGAGGUACAGCUCAAUUUGCGGGAUCGCGUGCCUCUCGAUUGCCCCGACGAAAUUGUUGCCUGAAACACCCCUCUACCAUUUGUCCAGAAACGACGAGAGCAAUGCAGAAAAAUCCUUGAAAUGGUAUCGUGGCGACACUUAUGAUGUCCAGCACGAAAUCAGCGAAAUGAAGCGGCUGGUUCUUGCGGAACGCUCGAGGAAGUGGAGUCUAAAGGUGAUAAGAAACCGUCGAGUUUUACGGUCAAUCGCAAGCUGCAUCGGCGUGAUCGUUGGCCAGCAUGUGUGCGGAGUCAAUAUGAUGAUUUUCUACGCGUUGACGUUGUUCGAGACCACGGGUUCCGGUGAACUGACCGGAAGCGAACAGACGUUGGUCGUCGGCGUCGUUCAAAUAUUGGCAACCCUGUUGGUUACGUUUCUCGUCGAUAUACUUGGACGACGAAUUCUGCUCACUCUGUCCACGAUGCUUAUGGGCGUGUUCCUGAUACUGUUAGGUUGGUUCUUCAGCCUACGCGAGGCAGACCCCGAGUACGACGAUAUCUACUUCUGGAUGCCUCCAGCCUGGAUAAUCCUCUUCUUCGCAGCCUUCAACCUAGGCCUCGGACCGAUAGCCUGGACCUUUUUGGGCGACACGCUGCCGAUCGAGCUGAGAACGCCGGUCACGUCGUUCGCCGUGACUCUCGGCUGGUUGAUCUCGCUGAUGGCCACCUUGACCUUCGAGGAGAUAUUCAUUUCCUUAGGCGGCACGAAAAUUAUGUGGCUCUCAGCCGCCGGCUGCUGGUUGGUCGCUUUGUUUUGCGCCAUUUUGGUCAUGGAUGUUACUGGGAAAAGCCUGGUGGAGGUACAACAACGUUUCGCUACGGAAUCUCAAGGGGAAACGGAGAGGAACUCGGAGGAGACCUGAUGAUCACUGAAGUCGGAUUGUCGGAAUUUUGCAGAGAUGACCGCUUUUUGUGAUUGUGGGCUCAGCAAAUUCGGGUUCGGCGUUUUUGACAAUUGGGCAAUGUAAAGUUUAAGUCGACUGCGAUCUUGUUAAAAUUUAGGGGGAUGCUAGGGUGAUUUAGGGCUUGAUGCUACAAAUUUUUGUGAAUUAUAUGAAUGAUCGUAGCUCUUGUCUAUUAACCUCUUGACCUACAAUACUCGAGACGCAAUCACGACGCAUUUAUGAUGCACUUGUUACACAAACGUGACGCACUCACGACGCACUAAGGACGCACUAUGGUGCACUCGUGACGCACUCACGACGCACUCAUGUCGCAGUCAUGAUACACUUGUGACGCACUCAUGACGCACUCGCGUAGCACCAAUGACGCACUAAUGACACACUCAGAUGGACUCUUGACGCACUAAUGACGCAUUCAGGUACACUCGUGACGCACCAACGACGCACUCAGCUGUACUCCUGACGCACUAAUGACGCACUCAGGUACACUGGUGACGCAUUAAUGACGCACUCAGCCGUAUUCCUGACGCACUAAUGACGCAAUCGGAUGGACUCGUGACGCACUCGCGACGCACUCAUGGCGCACUCGUGACGCAUUUGUGACACUUGUGACGCAGUUAUUAGACUAGUGACGCACUUGUGAUGCAUUUGUGACACUCGUGACGCACUCGUGACGCAUUUAUGACACUAGGGACGCACUCGUGACGCACUCGUGACGCAUUUGUGACACUUGUGACGCAGUUAUUAGACUAGUGACGCACUCGUGAUGCAUUUGUGACGCUCGUGACGC